CUUUAAACCUGUGGAAAAAUGAUCCCAUUGUAGCGCGUUAUCCUGCUCCAUGUGUUCCUGAGUCGUAAUCCCAAUUUGCGGUGAAAGGAUUUUGCACAGUGUGUACUGGAACGCAACACGACAAAUUCGAACAAUUUUCCAACUCUGUCGUAGGACCACCGUUAAACAUGCGAAGUAUGGCGGAGUGGGAUCCACCUGCCAAUGAGCAGAGCUCCUGGUUAUUAAGGUGGCUUCCAUCGUGGUGCCCCACUUCCCUCUCUCAGCUUAAAGAUGCGGAGGAGAAAAUGCUGAAAAGUGUCAAGCAGCCUUUCUCCAGACAGCAUGUCCGCAUCUCCAAUGGAAACUACCUGUGGACCAUCGCGUUCCAGCCAUCCUCCGCUCUGCAGUCCAGACCCCCUCUGGUUUUGCUGCACGGCUUCGGUGGCGGCGUCGCCCUAUGGACCCAAAAUCUGGACUCUCUCUCCAGCGGCGGUCCGGUCUACGCCGUGGAUUUGCUGGGCUUUGGCCGAAGCAGCCGCCCGCUGUUCAGUGGUGAGCCCGAGGGGGCCGAGGAGCAGUUCGUGGAAGCCCUGGAAGAGUGGCGGGAGGAGAUGGGCCUGCAGGAAAUGCUGCUGCUGGGACACAACCUGGGAGGAUAUUUGUCUGCCGCCUACACCCUAAGACACCCAAACAGGGUCAAACAUUUGCUGCUGGUCGAGCCGUGGGGGUUCCCCGCACGUCCCGAGAACCCCCACCAUAACUCCAUCCCAGUGUGGAUCCGAGCCAUGGGGGCCGUCAUGAGCCCCUUCAACCCGCUCGCUGGCCUCAGGCUGGCCGGGCCUUUAGGUCCGACGCUGGUCCAAACAAUCAGGUCCGACUUCAAGCAGAAGUAUUCCUCCAUGUUUGACGACAACACCGUGUCCAACUACAUCUACCAUCUCAACGCGCAGACUCCCAGCGGCGAAACGGCUUUCAAGAACAUGACCAUCCCGUACGGCUGGGCCAAGCGGCCCAUGCUGGAGCGCAUCGGCCAGGUGCAGGCGGGAAUUCCCAUUUCUUUCAUCUACGGCUCCCGCUCCAGCAUCGACAGCGCCUCGGGAUACGCCUUCAAGAAAACCAGGCCGGAGGUGGGAAUCACGGUGAUUCGAGGGGCGGGCCAUUACGUUUUUGCCGACCAGCCUGAAGACUUCAACCAAACAGUCCUCCGCAUCCUUGCCAGGACGGAGAAGAACAGUACAGAUUUUGGCGGCCCAAAGCCAUGACAACGCUUACGUUUUUUUUUUUGUUAGUUGUUUUUUUUUGAGCGGACACACACUUUGAACUCAACCUCACUACCCAACAGGGACGGUCGAAACCAUUCAAGCUUUUUCUCUUAUGCACU